AUGGCAACACUGCGGGACCCUAAUUCUCCAACAGGACUCGAACCUAAUCCUAAUGCCGCCCCAUCUAUUCCGGGUCUUUUCACUAGACAUCUCAACCCUAAUGCCAUACCAUUUACACCACGAUCCCAUCAAGGCGCCCCAGCAAAUUCCUGGGUACGCUUUGGCUUUAUCAACAUUUGUAGACUUCGGCACAAAGUCGACGCCCUGGAGCAGCUGAUCGUGAACCAGUGCUGGGACAUAGUCGGUGUUGCUGAAACAUGGCUUGAUGGCACAGUGUCUGAUGGAGAAAUCCGGAUCCCAAACUUCAGUAUUUCCCGUCAGGACCGUGCCGGUGGAAGAGGAGGUGGAACAUGUAUCUACUUCAGGUCGACCCUCCCCGUGAAGCCUCGCCCGGAUUUGACGGCGGAUGAUGUAGAGUGCACCUGGAUCGAGCUUAAAGGUGCCCGGGCGCCUCAUCUCUUAGGGUGUGUGUACCGGCCGCCAAGUGAAACAGUUGCGUUCUGGCCCAGACUAGAGACUGUCUUACAGGCAGCCACCAACAACACCGGAUCGGUCACUAUGAUGGGCGACUUCAAUGUAAAUGCUGACCCAGUUUCUCCUGGCCCACAAUUGCGCCACAUGCAUGACACGUGUGGAAGCUAUGGACUGCAGAACGUCGUGACAGCACCAACUCGUGUUCUGCCCCAAUGUGUGCGUGGAACCAUACUAGAUCUAGUCUUGGUCAACCAUGCCAGCUUAACAUCCUGGAACAUCGUACCAUGUGACAUCAGCGAUCACUUUGCUGUGAGUGCUUCACUCAGCUGUGCUACUGAAGUAAGCCAGCCAGCGAGUUCCCUCCUCACUAGGCAGCUGCACAGAGUGGAUAUAGCAGCUCUCCGCGCUGACCUGCUUGCAGCAGACCUUCACAUUUUUCCUCCAUAUGCGAGCGUCGACGAUAUGUGGUCCACUUGGCACGCUAGCAUAAUGCGUGUACUGGACCAUCAUGCCCCGAUGACCCCAGUUAAGAAGCGUUCCAGAAGAAGGCCAUGGCUUAACAGAGACACUUACCAGCUAAUGAUGGCAAAGAACAGGCUGCACCGAAGAUGGCUGCGAGACCGGGCUAACAUAGCAUUAUUCCACCAGUACAAACGUGCUCGAACGGCGGCAGCAAACCUUGUCAGACGGAGGAAAAACCAGUACUUCAGUGAUGAAUGUGUUGUCAACAAUCGCAAUCCAAGGAAGAUGUGGUCCCUGUUAAACUCCAUCACUGGCAGAGGAGGAAGCAAGCAAGACCCUGCAUGUGAUGUGAACAAGGUCAGCGUGGCAUUUAGCAACAUUGUAACUGACCCUGAUCGGCCAGCCCACUUGCCAUUACCGAAUGGACCCCCAGCUGAACACUCACUCAGCUGUCUGGGACCAGCAUCUUAUGCUGCUGUGAAUAAGCUUCUGCAAGCGAUAAUUCCGGUGAAGGCAACUGGCAGUGAUGGAAUACCUGGGCUGCUUCUCAAAUCCUGCAGUGAUAUCCUCACGCCAUCCCUCACACGGAUCUUCACGAAACGGGCAUUGUACCUUCUGCCUUCAAGAAGGCCCUUGUCGGGCCUCUGUACAAGUUUGGAGACCCAACAUCCCCUGGGAACUAUCGUCCAGUAUCCCUGCUGCCGAUUGCCUCAAAGCUGCUAG